UGGCUGGCUCUAAUAAUGAAAGUGCCAGGAAGAACGGUACAGUAAGAAAUGAUGGCAUCUCGCUGCGCAUACGAGUACAGCAUAGAGAGCAGAGCAGCUUUUGCCACGCAACAUCUGCCUGGCAGGCAGCCCAGGAUAUCUCGAGCUGUCACAAAAUACACCACGCACGCGACAAGGGUGGAGGCCGGCGUGGGGCUGCAACUGGUAGCGCUGCAAGUUAUUUACGCCUAGCCCCCUCUGAACGCGUUGGUCGCGUUUCUACCGCUGUCACGUCGUUAUAUUCCGGCUUUUGAAAGGCAGGAAUUCCAAUUACACGUUUCAGGUAGAUUCCAUGUUUGUUUGGCACGUCUGUGUCUGUGCUUGUCUGUCAAAUGUCGGAAGAGCCGUCGUUGCCUCGACUGCCUGCGGUCUCGUGGGAUGAACAAUCUCAGAGCUUUUCCAACCAGCCCCGCAAGCGUCACCGUAUUAGUUCGCGGCAAGGGAAUCCCUCGUCGCCCUUGAAUUUCAAUUCCAGCGACCCAGCUGUCUUUUCUAGUGACGAUGACCCGGGGCUUGACAAUUAUGUCGAAGGGAGGCACAAGAGACGCUACGUUGGAUCGUGGUUCCAACAACAGCUUGAAUCGCCAGAUGCCGCCUCCACCGAGGAUGUCACCCUUGCUCCCAUCCAGACAAAGCGCUACUUGAAGAGGGACUUUGACAGUGGUGUCUUUCUAGGGAGCGAUGCCACCGAUGGCGAAGACUUUGUGGAGGGCUUGGACCUCCCAGCAUUGCCAAGGUUGCCACAGUUGGGAGCCCGGGCGGUGCCUCAACUGUCUCAGGCAGAAGUAGGCGCCCGGCGCAAGAUUCAAGAGUGUCUAGACUCCGGCAAUGAAACCGUGGAUCUCAUGUCCAUGGGCUUGGAGGUGUUGUCGGAUGAUACCGUCAACCGCCUCAGUCAAAUUGCUUGCAUCCCCAUUGUGGCCAAGGAUGUUGCGUUUGUGCAGAGGGAGCCGGAGCUGAAGCUGUUCAUGGCAUCGAACAGCUUGACACGACUACCUGGCUCACUUUUCGAUAUCAAUCACCUCACAGUGCUAAGUCUUCGUGGAAACCAGCUCACAGAGCUUCCCUCGGCAAUCUCGAAGCUGAGCAACCUGAGGCAACUCAACAUAUCGCAGAACCGAUUUAAGUAUCUGCCCGCUGAGUUUCUCGAUUUAUUCAAAGUCGGAGGGAAAUUCCGUGACUUAUCCCUCUUUGUCAAUCCGUUCAUACAGCCAGAGCAGGCCGCUCCACCUGACGGGGAGAAUGGUGGCCAGGGUAUUAUCUUACAACCGGCACCAUACGCUUCAAUCAGAUACAAAUGGUUGUUCGAUGAUGAACAAGUGCCACGAUAUUUGACUCGAUGGCUCGGCCGAUCUCCGCUGCAGAUUUCUGACUCCAAUGGCCAAAUUCUCUCAGACUUCCGUCUCCCAUCAAGGGAGGAAUCUUCGAUAACACACCUGCCAGUCGCAGUAGGCAGUGAUCAGUUUGGUCUACCUGCGUCCGUUUCCUCACAAACCUCAAUGAAAGUGACGGCGCGGCCUAGCGUUGUGCCUAGCUUGGUCGAACUGGCGCUGCAAAGCUGCUAUCAUAGCAGCCAGCUUCGUGAACUCGAUUCGUACAUUCCAGACGGGCUCUCACACCUUCAGAAGCUGCUGCAGCGUGCCUCUUCGCAGAGAGACAACGGCGGGGUGAAUUGUUCAACUUGCGGGAAGACGCUCGUGGUGCCUCGACUUGAGUGGAUUGAGUGGCGAGAGAUAUGUAGGGGCACCGUCCUUCCCCUACCUGAUCGCGGCACCACGAAUGUCAUUACGAGACCAUUCACCAAGGACGAGACGGAGAUGGCAGUGCCUUUUCUUUAUCGGGCAUGUUCUUGGCGCUGUGGACCCAAGGAUUCGGAGAAGAACAAGUGGUGGUCUCUGGGGCUUGUUAAACCGGUGGAAGAAGCUGGUUCACGAGCGAGCAGGUCGUGAGUGAGAAAUUGUGAGAUGUACCGAGCUCUUAUAUAACAUUGCAUGGGCGUUUUUGAUGGAGAUUUUUGGUUAUUUUCUGGCAUCGCAUGGGCG